CGACAGUCGAUAUUGCGCACCGUAAGGAAAUUUCAGAAAGAAAAUCCCUCGGACGUACGUACGUGUAUCCUCCCAGCUUAUCUUAUCUGAGGAAUUGACACGGUGCCUCUCGUCAGAGCUCCGUUGUUGCGAUCAGUUUUCUUCUGAAAGUCGCGUGGCUAACUCGCCGAGUCACGUGAAUUCGCGCGUUCGCGGACGCGUUUUAGGAUUUCGCUCGGCUAAAUCGCGCGACGAAAGUGCGACCCGCCUCCUCUCGUCUCCUCUCGUCUCCUCUCGUCACCGGAAACGUCCGUCUGUUCGUUUAUCUCGAGAAGUACACGCGACCUAUCGCAUUCUGUACAUUCUUCCGACGUUGUUCUCGCUGAGAGGGUAAGACGAGCUUUUCAUGGGGAAAUCUCGUCGCUUUCAACCCAUCGUCCACUUUUCUGCGAACAAUGUUCGAUGAAACUCCCCGAUCGAAGAACGGGGAUCGUGUGUACGAAUCGGUAUUGCACCUGGGAAAUCGGUUGACGCUGGAACCAGGCAGGUGAUCACCCUCCCCAGAAUGUCAUUUGCAGAUAUUGAAAUUGAAGAUGCGAGAGAUUGUAGAAUGUGUAUCUGUACAGGCGCGAGGACCAGAGACUCUCGAAAUCUCGAAUUUUGUUGGAAUUUUCUGAACUAAUUUAACGAAAAUCAAUGUUGUUCGUUACCCACGGAUCAAAGCAAACUAUUUUGCUAUUAUCAAUGUAUUAUCAAAUGAAAUUUCCACCUCAAGUAGAAUGGAGAAUUUUGUUGUAUUUCUUACAAAUUGUCGAUAGUAAAAUAUUACACGAGCUUAGUAAGUAAAUAGUACGCCAAGGGGUUAAAUCAAGUGGUGACUGAAGGUCACCUUUCGAGUGCUAAGGGUUGAAUUCGGAUUGAUGGCAGAGAGUACAAGUUUAUCGGUGAAGUACAGAAAGACUAUCUCGUAGGAGUUUCCAAAAAUCACAGGGGCGAAGGUUCUUUAUGAGGAAAAGUCGGGGUGGGGAAUGGACCGUAAUUAUCCUCUCUCGGCAGGGUAGUUGUCGCAGGUCAUAUGCGUGUAUAUAUAGUAGGAGCGAAGGUGAUUCUGAUUAGUAGUAAGGUUUUUCACCUGCACGCACCUCGAGGCUACAGGAGUGUUCACGACGGAGUUGAGUUUAACACCGGAGAGUAUCAUCAUGAGCAUCGAAGGCGAAGACGUGGACCAGAAAUACCUAGCAGGAAGCGCCGAGAUUCCCGAGUACCAACCGGAGAUCGAUCCGGAAGUCGAGUACCGAGACUUCACGGAGGAGAAGCUGUGGACCCCGAACGAGGACGUGAACGCGUGGAUUCCUUUCUACAUGUUCAUGGCUCGCGCCGUCUUGACGUUCGUCCAAGAGAAGACGGGAAUCCCCAACAAAGAAGCGAUGGAGAACUCCUGCAUCGGUUACGCCGAGCAGUACGUCACCGAUGUUCUGCACGACUCCGAGUAUUCAGCAGAGAUCGCAUUGAAGACGCUCGUAUCAAAACAGCUACCGAACAGGCUGAUCGCGAAAUGGACGCAAGCUGAAAUUGAGCUGUUCUCCCAAGGACUCGCCAGGCACGGGAAGAACUUCUCGAAGAUACAAAAGGACGUUCUAACUUGUAAAGACACGAAGGAGAUCGUGGAGUUCUACUACACGUGGAAGCGGUCCGAGUCAGCGAAGAUGUUCCGGAGUUGCCGUGACCGAGGUCACGUGUACAGCAGACGUUCCCUUCUGUCGACGAAACUCGUCGCCGGCGACCUGUCGUUUUCGAAGGUGAUGACCCGCAGUGCGACCGCCGCGUCGAAGACCAGUGCCUCGGACGACAAUGGAAUCGAGCGAACGCGGCUCCUCCGCGUCGUCGACUCCGCGGAGACGCCCUCGAAGCGCAAGAGGAAGCGACACAGCGACCCUACACCGAUUCGAUGAUGGCGCCUUUCGCAGCGGCAGCUUAGCUGUAAAAUUCAGUGCUGUGCAUCGUGACGUGUCGAGAUGAUUGUAAAUAACCGUCGUGAAUAUAUAUAUUUUUAGACGAUACGUGUACGUUUUCGACCGGGCCUCCGAUCAGUGACGAACGUGCAAUAAACAUGAUGUUUCGAAUAUUUCAGUUUAUUCCAUUGGGUCGGUUGUUAAAUAAAAUUCUCGUGUUGGAUGCUAGCACACUGUAAGGAUGUAGCGGCGAGACUCCUCGGUGUCUGUACGCUCGCGGAGCGUCUCGGAUGCGAACGGAAAGUCGAGACGGCCGUGCUCCGGAAUACUCUAAUAUUACUGAUUCAGUCGCGCCGCUCUAUGGCACGUACCUGUGAUACGCGGCGCGUUUCACAUGCAUCUCGUUCCCCGACCGAUUCGCGCGUACAGGAUCCUACGUAUAUGAUUCGAUCUAUGGGGGAACGCGAACAGCUUCGAGGUCUCGGUGUCUACGCGGUUUAUCACAAUACGCAUCGGGCGAUAUAGGUUCGUUCGGUGUGUCCUCGUGGUUUACAUGUUCUCUGCGAACGUUCACCGACGCGUGUGUCAAACGUCGAGUCGGCAGUGGUUCCGUCGCGGAUCCGUCGAGAACGCGAAUCAACGAAAACGACCGAACGGAUAGAGAAGGGAAAUUAUUCUUUCGUAACGCACCGUCCGUGAUCGUCCGUCGUUACAUACACGCGUGUAGACUUGCACACAUACGCGCAGACACGCACAUAUACACAUCCGUGGGCGCACGCACAUCGCUACCGCGUUUGCCGCGCAGCAUCACACGUAUUUUUCGUGCCCCGACCAUUCCUUACUUGAAUCGCCACGAAAAUUAAAGAAAACUAACAUAUCGUAUUACUUGAGUCGACGAGUUCGAUCGUUUGCAAUGGCCUCGCGCAAGAGAAGAAACAGAUGAACCGACGCGAUCGACCGAUCUCUCUCGACGCGCGACAGUCGCCGUUGAUUCGCGCGUGAAUCGUCGCUGCUUGUUACUUUUUAUAAUAGCGAAUAACAUAAAUACAUUAUUAAGAAUACUAGCAAGAAACAUAAGUGUACUUUAUUCGACAAGCCCCUCUCGUUUCACUCUCGACGCGGAAUCUUCGAG